GGAAGAUCCCUGCCUCAGACUAAAAGUGUAUCUAUGUUUAUUGGUUACUUUCAGACUACCAACCUAUGGGGAAGAUCCCUGCCUCAGAGACUAAUAGUGUAUCUAUGUUUAUUGGUUACUUUCAGACUACCAACCCAUGGGGAAGAUCCCUGCCUCAGAGACUACAGAAGAUGUAAUCAUUGACAAGAGGGAGAUAUAUGUCAACCAAGUACAGCCUACAAAAUACUGCUCAAAUAAGAUAAGCACUGCCAAAUAUAACUUCCUGACUUUCCUACCAAAGUUCCUCUUUGAGCAGUUCCGUCGCUAUGCCAACCUGUUCUUCCUUUUCAUUGCUCUUUUGCAGCAAAUUCCAAAUGUGUCACCAACUGGACGUUACACAACAGCUGUUCCCCUAUUACUCAUUCUACUAGUCUCAGCUAUAAAGGAACUUAUUGAAGAUUAUAAACGUCACAGGGCUGAUGAUGAUCUGAACAACUCCAAAGUGUUUGUGCUUCGUGAUGGCAACUGGCAGACACUAAAGUGGAUGGACAUUGUCGUUGGGGAUAUCGUAAAAAUUGUCAAUGGAAGUUUUUUCCCUGCUGAUUUGGUCCUAUUGUCUUCAAGUGAACCUCAGGCAAUGUGCUAUAUAGAGACAUCUAAUCUAGAUGGGGAAACAAAUCUCAAAAUAAGACAGGGUAUCCCUGCUACAGCAAAUAUUUUAACCCACGAGGAGCUCUUGUAUUUAGGAGGUACAGUAGAGUGUGAAGCUCCCAAUCGCCAUCUUUAUGACUUUGUAGGAAAUAUCAGCCCAUCUGGGAGAAACAAUGGAUCUCCUCAAAGAGCCAUUCCAUUAGGUCCAGAUCAGCUCUUGCUGCGUGGUGCUAUGUUGAGAAAUACAAAAUGGAUAUUUGGUGUUGUAAUCUAUACUGGUCAUGAAAGUAAACUCAUGUUGAACUCUACGUCAGCUCCAUUGAAACGUUCCAACGUUGAUAUUGUUAUUAACAAACAGAUCCUCAUGCUGUUUAUUGUUCUGAUUGUCCUUUCUCUGAUCAGCACCAUUGCCAAUAUAAUAUGGACAAAGCAACAUGAGAAUACAGACUGGUACCUUGGCUUUGACUUGGAACCUCCAACUAAUUUUGGCUACAACUUCCUGACAUUCAUCAUUCUUUACAACAAUCUCAUUCCAAUCAGUCUACAGGUCUCCCUUGAAGUUGUACGAUUCAUCCAAGCUAUCUUUAUCAACUGGGAUGUAGAUAUGUAUUAUGCCCCUACUGAUACUCCUGCCAUGGCAAGAACAUCGAACCUUAAUGAGGAGUUAGGUCAAGUGAAGUACAUAUUCUCUGACAAGACUGGCACACUUACUAGGAAUAUAAUGGAGUUUAAAAAAUGCAGUAUUGCUGGAAAAGUCUUUGGGAAUUACAGCAGUGGGGAGUUCUUUGAUGAUCCUACUGUACUUAAAGACAUUGACCCCAGCAUGGAGAUGGGUUCCACUGUACUAGAGUUCUUCCGCAUAAUGUCUGUGUGCCACACUGUUAUACCAGAGAAGAACUCUGAUGAAGACAUCAUAUACCAGGCCUCAUCACCAGAUGAGGCUGCUCUGGUGAAAGGUGCUUGUAGAGUGGGCUUUAUCUUUACCUCAAGAACACCACAGUCUGUAACAAUAAAGGUGCUUGGCAGGGAAGAGACAUAUGAAAUACUGAACCUUCUAGAAUUUACAAGUGAAAGGAAAAGGAUGUCUGUGAUUGUUAGAUGUCCAAAUGGCAAGAUUAAAUUGUAUACAAAAGGAGCUGAUAAUGUGAUAUAUGAUAGACUAUCCAAAGGGUCACAAUACAGGGAGGAAACAAUGCAGCAUCUAGAAGAAUUCGCAACAAUAGGUUUGAGGACGCUAUGUCUUGCACAGUGUGAAAUAGAGGAAGAUGUCUAUAAUGAAUGGCAGGAGACAUACUACAGAGCAAGCACCACUUUACAAGAUAGGGAGGCUAAACUAUCUGAGGCAGCUGAAUUAAUAGAAAGGAAUCUCACGUUAUUGGGUGCCACUGCUAUAGAAGAUAAACUGCAGGAAGGUGUACCCGAAGCCAUUGCCAACCUGGCCAAGGCAGAAAUAAAGAUCUGGAUUCUCACUGGGGAUAAACAAGAAACUGCCAUAAAUAUAGGUUAUGCAUGUAGGCUACUUACUUCAGGGAUGCCACUAUUAGUCAUCAAUGAACACAGUUUAGAUUCUACUAGAGAUGCCAUACAGAGGCAUACUCAAGAGUUUGGGGAUCAGUUAGGAAGGGAAAAUGAAGUAGGCCUGAUCAUAGAUGGCAAGACUCUGAAGUACGCCUUGACCCCCGACUGCAGGCAAGAUUUCCUACAAAUUGCUAUAUCCUGCAAAGCAGUCAUUUGCUGUAGGGUCUCACCCCUACAGAAGUCAGAGCUGGUUGAGCUAGUAAAGAAAUCUGUCAACAUGAUCACUCUUGCAAUAGGAGAUGGUGCUAAUGAUGUAGGGAUGAUACAGACUGCUCAUGUAGGCGUUGGCAUUAGUGGCCAGGAGGGCCUACAGGCAGUUUGUGCAGCUGACUAUGCCAUAGCACAGUUCCGAUUCCUCAAUAAGCUACUUCUAGUCCAUGGUGCAUGGUCCUACAGCCGACUCUGUAAACUUAUUCUCUACUCAUUCUAUAAGAAUAUAUGUCUCUAUGUCAUAGAGUUCUGGUUUGCGAUGGUUAGUGGCUUUACCGGCCAGAUUUUAUUUGAGCGGUGGUCUAUAGGCUUGUACAAUGUGGCCUUCACUGCUGCUCCUCCACUAGUCCUAGGUCUGUUUGACAGACACUGUAGUGCAAAUACCAUGCUGAAGUUUCCAGCUUUAUACAAGUCAUCGCAAAAUGCAGAGCUCUUCAAUGUGAAGGUGUUCUGGAUGUGGAUUGCCAACUCCAUUUAUCAUUCCAUAGCUCUAUUCUGGCUCCCUGUGUUAGCUCUCACUCAGGACAUAGCAUUUAAAGAUGGUAAAGUAGGGGACUAUUUGUUCCUGGGCAAUAUGGUAUAUACUUAUGUCGUAGUUACAGUGUGUCUAAAGGCAGGGCUGGAGACCAGUGCCUGGACAUGGUUGUCUCAUGUUGCUAUAUGGGGAAGUAUAAUAAGCUGGUUCCUGUUCCUAGCAAUCUACAGUCACAUCUGGCCCUUAGUUGACAUAGGACCUGAGAUGGUUGGAAUGGACAAGUAUGUGUUUGGCUGCAGUAUAUUCUGGCUGGGACUACUUCUUAUUCCUCUAAGCUGCCUCUUGAGAGACUUUGCCUGGAAAGUAACACGUAGGACAUUGUUUAAAACUCUGCGUGAAGAGGUCCAAGAGAAAGAACUGGCCAAUGAAGAUCCAACAACUGUUGUAUUGAAAUCCACCAAAAAAAGAUUGACUGAGGCAACAAGGCUGUUAAAGAAUGUCUUCACGAGGUCAACAACCAGAGUGCCCUCCAGAGAAGACCCAACACAUGGAUUUGCAUUCUCCCAAGCUGAGUUUGGCCCAGUACAUCAGAGAGAACUCAUCCGAGCGUAUGACACAAGCAAGCAAAAACCAGAGGGGCUAUAAAGUGAUAUGUAUGCAAUUAAAGGCAGUUUGGUUAUUGGAAAUCAAUGAUAGAUCUUACUAGAAAACAGGAAUCUCAGCAAUAGACAAGUGGAUUUUACAAUUCUCUUUACAGGAGAUUUUAACAAAUCAGUGGAUGAAAUAUUCAUGCCCAUAAAAGAUCAGUACUUGAACCUUGAAUUGACAAGGAUGUCACAAUUAUCAAAGGAUGCAAAGAAUGUUUGUUAGGAAUGCUGUACAGAAAUGUGUUGACAGCAAGAAAGGCUAACAAUUUGGUGGUUUUGGAGAGAUUGUGGAAUGAAAUGACAUGCAAUAGUAUUAAAGUAAGAAGCAAGUCAGUGCUGUAUGAGGCACCAUAUAACUCAUUCUUCUUUACGCACCCUUUUUCAUUACAUGUGAUGAUUAUAAUAUUUAUAUGUUGCAAUAUUGCAUUAUACAAGUAUAACAUUUUCUCAAUUGUACAGUGAAUAAUCCAAGGUUCACAGACAUUAAAUGUCACAUUAUCAUUGAAUUUUUAAUAUUCAUGUAGUAAUGUACAUUAUGUCAUGUUAUUAUACAUUGUGCUUUUUUAUAUGUUGUAAUUGUUACUAACAUUCACUCUGAAUGUAAAUUUUCAUAUUAUCAUACACUGCAUAAGUAUAUGAAAAGGGGCUAAAUAGCCUGAACAAAUGACUAAGGCCAUAAGAAGUAGAUAUUUUGUUUUGCGUCCUGGCAAAAUCCAAAUCAUGCAAAGGUACAAGGAAAACAAACACAAAAUCAAGAAAAAACACAAACUUGUUUGCUGAGAAAUAUAUACAUUUUAUGGCCAUAGAAAGG